AUGCGAGAUUCUGUUCAGAACUGGUCUCGCUACGGCCUUCCACAUCUGCAGGGUGAUUCGAUGACGGCAGACGAUGCCUGUCUGGAUGACGAUCGUCUUGGCAGUCAUGUCACUUGUAGUGCUCCGUGUAUGACCAUCAAUAUCACUGCGAUUGGUGGGAAGCACGACGGCAGAGUCGUUGGUAUCGUUCGUGACUGUCAGACAUACUUUCAUAAUCCGAAGUCACUUCCCGAGGGGACUACUCGUAUGUGUCGGCACAGUGAAAGAGAAACGACGCGGAGUCAGCGAAUGCCACCAUAUUUUGAGCUCCUUGCGAUAAUCACUAGGAAGCGUUUAGCAAUGUUAGCCAUCGGAAGGUCUACUGGGAUGGACCACAUAAUGGCUUAA